CGAGAUAAAUAAGGGAAGGGAGCGAAGGGAGGCUUGAGUCAAUCAGCUGAGCGAGAAGUAUCGAACCAUCUUGAAUUGUCCGCGCCGUGCGUAUUCUUCUAUUGUCCGUGGUGCUCGUAAUUUCGCAGAAAAUAUGUCAAAGUACAGGAUUGUUAUGGUUCGCCACGGCGAGAGCGAAUGGAAUAAGUUAAAUCUCUUCUGUGGAUGGUACGACGCUGAUCUGUCGGACAAGGGCAAAAGCGAAGCUGUGUCAGCAGGAAAAGCUCUCAAGGAUGCAGGUUACACAUUUGAUCUGGCUCACACAUCGGUUCUCACGAGAGCUCAGGAAACCCUCAAGUCGAUCUUGAAGGAGAUUGACCAAGAAAACCUGCCUGUUAAGAAAACGUGGCGUUUGAAUGAACGACACUAUGGUGGUCUCACAGGCAUGAACAAGGCAGAGACAGCAGCCAAAUAUGGUGAAGAGCAAGUACAGAUCUGGCGGAGAUCGUUUGAUGUGCCACCACCACCGAUGGGGACGGAUCACAAAUAUUAUGACACCAUAGUAAAAGAUCCACGUUACGCCGACGGACCAAAGCUUGAGGAAUUCCCUAAGUUUGAAUCCCUCAAGUUGACUAUCGAGAGAACAUUACCUUAUUGGAAUGAGACGAUUAUCCCGCAGUUGAAGGAGGGCAAGAAGAUCAUUAUAGCUGCCCAUGGCAAUAGCUUACGUGGCAUAGUGAAGCAUUUGGAUCAAUUGACCGACGAUCAAAUUAUGGGACUAAACCUGCCGACCGGUAUCCCAUUUGUGUACGAACUGGAUGAGAACUUCAAACCAGUCGUUUCGAUGAAAUUCCUGGGUGACGAAGAGACUGUCAAGGCGGCGAUGGCCGCAGUAGCCGCGCAAGGAAAGGCUAAAUAAAGAAACAAUACAAAUGAAAAAACAUUUAUCAAUCUGCGAAACACAAAAACCUGUUGUUAUGUCUAUUAAAAGUAUUUAUGAUUCUUUAGUUUCGUCAUUGUGAUAGAAUGUAGUUCAAGUAGGAACGAUAGAUGCGUUCUUGCUUGAAGAAGCAUUCCUCGUGAGCAAAAUAAAAAAAAAGUCUAAUAUACAUAUAACAAUA